UGACUCUUUGAAGUUAGAGAGCAGUAUCAAUCUUCUAAUCUUAUGUUACUGCUAAACUAACUCAGUGUUUUUCAGCUUCUUGAUUAAUUAAGAAGUUAAUUAUAUCUCCUGUUGAGUAAAUUAAAGUUUGCCACUUGUUGCCAACUUAAUUUUCAUCAAUCGUCACAUCUCAAACAUUUACUAUGACUUGAAGUGUUAAACUCAAAGGAGACAUAAUGCACUAACAAAAACAUGUGAUCCACUUGGACAGUUAAUAUUCCCUUACUCUUACACUUACCCUUUCUCUAAUCUCUUCCUUUUUUUAUUUUCCCCAUCAAAAAACCAAACCACCAUUGUUCUUUUCUACUGGAACUCCCAAAAGAAGUGAUCCUAGCUAAGUAGGAAGCAUGGAUAAUAAUGGUUGCUUGCCAUGUACACGUCGUGAAGGUUUUCCGGCUGGACUGAGAGUUCUGGUUGUUGAUGAUGAUCCAACAUGGCUCAAGAUCCUUGAAAAGAUGCUCAAGAAGUGCUCUUACCAAGUGACUACUUGUUGUUUGGCAACCGAGGCUCUGAAGAAGCUUCGAGAGAGGAAAGAUGCAUUCGACAUAGUGAUCAGCGAUGUAAACAUGCCUGACAUGAAUGGAUUCAAGCUUCUUGAGCAUGUUGGACUUGAGAUGGAUCUGCCUGUCAUUAUGAUGUCUGUUGAUGGAGAAACAAGCAGGGUAAUGAAAGGUGUUCAACAUGGAGCAUGUGAUUAUCUCCUCAAGCCUAUAAGGAUGAAAGAACUGCGAAACAUAUGGCAGCAUGUCUUGAGAAAAAGGAUUCAUGAAGGGAGAGAGUUUGAAAGCCUAGAGGGCUUUGAUUUUGAGGGCAUUCAUCACUUGAUGAGAAAUGGACAAGAUCAAUGUUGUGAUGAUGUGAGCCUCUUUGCAUUAGAAGAUUGUAUCAGUUCAACAAGGAAAAGGAAAGAUACAGAUAACAAACACGACGAAAGAGAAUUCGGAGAUUCUUCUUCAACCAAGAAAGCUAGAGUGGUUUGGUCUGUGGAUCUUCAUCAGAAGUUUGUCCAAGCAGUGAAUCAGAUUGGAUUUGAUAAAGUUGGUCCCAAGAAAAUUCUAGAUUUGAUGAAUGUACCAUGGCUUACCAGAGAAAAUGUUGCUAGUCAUUUGCAGAAAUACAGGCUCUACUUGAGUAGGUUGCAGAAGCAGAGAGAUCAGAAGAAAUGCUCUUCAAGUGGAAUAAAGAAUCCGGAUUUGAAUCCGAAAGAUCCCGGAAGCUCUAGUAUUAAGAACUCUAUGAACAAGCAACAAAAUGUAGUUUCAAUUGACGGCUUCAGAUGUCCAAAUAAUGGAUUAGUGCAACUUCAUGAAUCCGAUUUCACUGUGUCAGAGCUUAAUAAAACAGAACAAAGAAGAGCACUGGCUACUAAUAACAUUAUUCCUGAUCCAAACAUGACAAAGGUUUCACAGAUAGUCCUUAAUCAAACCUUUUCACCUCUCAAUUCAGAAGGAAACAUUGAAGUAUUUGAUUGCACCAUACCAACACAGUACACUUGGAAUCAAGUUCCCAAAAGGAAACUCCAAGAUGAUCCUAAAUCACAAUCAAUUGCUUCAAUGGUGUCCAGUCCCUCUGCUGCAAGCUCAAUAGCUUCUUCUGCAGUUGACAACAUUAUUCCGGUUCAGUCCAAAAGCCUUAUGGUGAAUGAUCAAUCCUCAGUCACUUCAAAUCCGGGCUUGAAAACACAGGAAUUUGAUGCCAGUCUCAUUCCUGAUCUGGAAUUUUACCAGCAAAACCUACUCUGGGGUGGCGAGGCGGCUUUUUCGCCUUUGGAGGAGGACUUGAAUUUCUUCUUGCUACAAAGUGAAUGCUACAAUGACAUGAACUUUGGUAUGCACAGCAUAGACAUGUCAGACUAUUAUUACGAUCCAGGGCUUAUUGCUGAUGUUCCAAACCAUUUAUUAUACGAUUCAGCAGAUUAUUCAGUAGUAGAUCAAAGUCUAUUCAUAGCAUGAUGGUAUGAAAUUAAAGAACAAUUUAUUAUUGUUACUAUACUUUUUUUUUCCCUUUUUUGUUGAAGAAUUUCAAAUGUAAUUGACUGAUUUGGGGUAUUCUUUUCCUCCCAGCAUGUAUAGAAGAAUUAGAUGAUGUGUGAUGACAAGGCAUUAUUGUUGAACA